CUGGCAAAACUAAAAUGCACAUUUAAUGCAGUAUGUUUAUUAUAUUAUUAAGAAAUAAUUGGAACUAUAUCAUUUUAUAACCGUGAGAUUUUUUAACUCACCAGUCGCCAAUAUAACUAACAGCCGAUGUCAGAAGCUUGUGUAAUUCUAAUUCAGCGGUUGGUAAAAAAAAAUACCAAUGAUAAAGAUACUUAACCUUUUCACUGCUACACUAUAUUUUAUGCUCCGCAACUUGUUGUAUGAAAUUCUAAAAUGGAAGCCAAACUUGCCAAUGGUUUAAAGUUAUUAUACAUACCAAAAAAAACAAGAAUCAGUUCCGGUCUUGGUGAUCGGCUUCCAGAGGCAUAUAAGAAAUUUUAUAAGGAAUGGCGUCACAAAGUUCCAGAACCAGUUUAUUACAAACCUACACCAGGAAAAUGGACUAAAGAUGAGAAAACUGGAGCGGUUAUUCCUGUUCAGAACAUACCAAUUCCUUUAAAGUAUCCAAAAACAAUGCAUUCUGGUAUUUGGGGAGGAGAAGCUGUAGUUCAAGGUUUCAAACAAAAUGGUAAUAAAUAUAAGAGUCGUGUUCCACAUUUUUGGACACCAACACUAAAAAAGUCAGUGGUCUACAGUGAAAUUCUAAAUGAGUACGUGUCAACUACUGUGACUGAAAAGGCCCUAGAUCUUAUUAAUAAGAAUUAUGGUUUAGACCAUUAUCUAUUGAAAACAGCUGCAUGUGACUUAAGGACCACUUUAAGUUUAAAAAUUAAACGUCACCUUUUAAUGGCUUUAAGAGACAAGACAUUGUAUGCAGAUGAUAAUGUAAAACAACAAGAAGUGUACGACAAAUAUAAACACUACUUAAAGGAUUACACUCAUGAAGAAAUUGAAUGGUACGGUUUAACAUUUUCUGAGGCUUUACUCAAGAUGCAAGAUAUAGAUGAAUUAAACGAAAAGAAAGCGCCAUUGAAGGCAAAAUAUAGACUGGAAUUGAUAGAGGAGUUGAAAAAUAGUAAUGAAACAAUAGAAGAGGAUAAAAGUUGGUUAAAUAAACUUAAUCCUUUUAAUUAGAAAUGUUAUAUUACAAUAUAGUGUGUCUUAAUGUUUAUAAAAUAAUAAUUAAUAAAAUAAAAAUACAUUUUUGUUUUUGAA